AUGAAUGGGAUUAAACAUAAAUCAAGAAAUAAUCAAAUAAUAUCCCAAAUUUUACAAAGAGAAGCCAGAAUGAAUAGACCGAGCAAUAAUCGAUUGCCAUCAUUAAAUUAAUCAGUUCAUACAUAAAGAAAUAAGAUCUAGACAAAUUAACCAUACAAAUAAUUUCGGCUCACUAGAUAUAAAAAUGAGUCCAAAAUAUUAGGGAAUUAAUUAUUAGAUAUAAAAAAGAAAUAGUUAACAUCUACAACUUUACAUACACUUGAAGAAACAACUAUUUGA